UUGCACUCGACUCUAUCUCGCACACUGUAGUUUAUCAGACGAACGUACGGUAACAUGCAAUGCGGACAAUCCUUGGCAGUGUUCUGAGACUGUGGCAUUACAUGUUGGACUAGUACUUUUUAUUCACGACCGAAUCUCUUCAUAUCAGAUAGGUAGAUUGAUAACCUGUUGAUCCGAAGAAGUUCCUUUGUCUAGGAUUCACAAGUCGACUUACCGAGGACGAAAGUUUGCGGGAAAAGGACCGAAAUUAUGCAUCGUCCAAGCUCAAAUUCAACGUCGCCACCAAAAGAAAAGAAGAGGAGGAAUUCGGAGAAGAGGAAGUUGAAAUCGCGCAAUGCAGCCCGGACCAGACGCGAGAAUGAAACGGCCAUCUUCUAUGAGCUCGCCCAUCAGUUGCCCAUGCCACACAGCAUGUGCGCUCAGCUGGACAAAGCUGGCAUCAUGCGACUGCUCCUCAGCUACCUCAGGAUCCAACAUUUCACACCGAAAGCGAUCAAGUCUGAACCGGUGGACGUCGAUGAAGACCUACCGCUCACGGCCGAGCAGCUCAUCGAUAACUACUACCUCAAGGCUCUGGACGGCUUUGCCAUGAUGCUGUCACAAGAGGGCGACGUCAUCUUCAUCUCCGAAAACGUCUCGCAUUACAUGGGUCUCAAACAGAUUGACUUGAUCGGGCAGAGCAUCUACGAUUUCUCCCAUCCCUGUGACCAUGAGGAGAUCAGGGAGCAUCUCGCCGACCACCACUGGAUGGGCCAGGCCAACGGCAGCAAGACCGUCAAACGACAACAGCGGGAGAAGCACCGGUUCCUGAUGCGCAUGAAGUGCACGCUGACGGCCAAGGGAAAGAUCGUCACCCUGAAGGCUGCCACAUACAAGGUGGUGGAUUGCAAUGGAAUCUGGAAGGCGGCCCCAUCCAUGAUGACCUCCAACGGCUACCCUCUGCCUCAGCUCAGCUGUCUGUCCCUCAUCGCUAUGCCCAUCCACCAUCCAGCUAACAUAGAGAUACCCAUGGACAAACAGACUUUCCUUUCCAGGCACAGCAUGGACAUGAAGUUCACAUACUGCGACGACAGAAUUCAAGAGCUGCUUGGCUAUGAUCCCGAUGACUUGGCGAACCAGUCCUUCUAUGAUUUCUACCAUGCCUUGGACAGUCACACCAUCGACAGGUUCCACAAAGAUUUGUUUGCCAAGGGCCAAGCCACCAGUGGACGCUAUCGCUUCCUGGCCAAGAAGAGUGGCUUUGCAUGGAUGGAGACCCAGGCCACGGUCAUCUACAACAACAAGACCAACAAGCCACAGUGCGUGGUCUGUGUGAACUACAUGAUCAGUGGUGUGGAGAAUGAGGACGUAAUGCUGUCCACUCACCAGGUUGAUGAAGCCAUGCAGAUGAGCACAGAGAAGACCUUUAUGCCUCGGCCAGAUGGCAUGGAUGAUGAUGAGUUCCCACUCUACCUGACAGGAUCCAAGAGCAGUGUGAUGAACCCGGAGGAUCUGACUUACUUGGCCCCAACCCCGGGCAGCGCCAUGGUCCCCUUGGAUUUCCCCAGCCCUCCGGCCAGCAUCCCCGAGACUGACCUCAUGCAGGAGCCAGAGCCGCUGGACGGACAGCAGGAGUUUACGCCGUUCUUUUCCUUCAUUCCCUUGGCUCCUGGCAACAAGGAAAAGCAGUCUAAAGACGGGGGAGUCAUGAUGAACCAGGAUUCCUCCCUGCGGAAUGUGGCCACCCCUGACUUGAUUCUCCCGGACAAGAACUCCCCCAUGAGCUCCAGCAAAGAUCCACUCUUGCUGGAUUGCACCGCAGAGGCUGGUGGCCAACUCGAUGACCUGGCAAUGAGGGCGCCCUACAUCUCCAUGAGUGACGACUUUGACUUCAGCGGGGACAAAUUGAUGGUGGACACCCAGCUGCCGGAGACCUGGGAGCCCGUGGAUCUCUUUGGAAACAAUUUGAACAGCACUGCCUGCAUGGACUCUAUGAUAUCGCCAUCCUUCAAAGAUCAGCAGCCAGAAUUGCUGAGUCCGUCAUCUGGCUCCCUGACUUCUGUGGGCAACCCUUACAGUCCACAGUCCCUGUCCCCGUACAGCCCCCAGUCAGUCGGGUCUCCGAUUACACCCGUCAACAAGCUGUGCCAGAGCCUGCCCAACCUGUGGUUGUGCCGUGACGACGACUUGGUCGGGCCGACCCCACCACAACAGCAGAAGCAGCAGGGUUACUGGGAGACCAACAAGUCUCCACUGGCAGCUUCUCCUCCGACCCGCUCCCCACUGAUCAGCCCAGCUCUCCCCGGCAAGCAUCCCCCUAGACCGGAGGUACAGCAAGCUCUGAAGAGGAAACUGGAGACCCGUAACGGCAGCCUGUACAGCAAAAUGGCUCGACUGAACGAGGGAGGAAGAGACUCAGGGGGUGGGAACAAUCCAGGAGGUGUGGAGCUGGAUGCACUGCAGCCUCCAGGAGGCGGUAAAGAGAGGAGCACUUUACAGUCGCUGUUGUUUCAGCCAGGUGGGAGGAGCAUCAACAACCCUUUUGGCCACUCCUUGCUGCUGCAGAAAGUUGCUCAACAGGUGGUCAACAAACGAGGUGGCGGUGUCAACAACGCGGGCCUGCUGGCCACCAUCUCCAGCGGCAAGCAGGAAUUGUUCCCCAAAUUCCAGACCCAGCCCUCGCCCGGAGAGGACGCGGAGGAUUUGCUGGCUGGCGGCUACCUGCCCCUGAUUGCUAGGUAUGACCUGGAUGUCAACACUCCCCUGCAGGCCUCCGCUGGUCUCCUGCAAGGUGAAGAGCUGCUGAGAGCAUUGGACGUACCGUGAAGUUAAACGGUACGGCAAGGAAUCUAGUCGCUGACGGCUGCACAAUGUGAUUUUAAAAAAAAUCACCCUUGCACCUGUGUACAAAAAUUGCUAUGUAAAUAGAGUGUGUUGGUGACCAACUUGAAUCCAUAUAUUUUAGUACUGUACAUGAAUCAAAGGAAGGAAUGUGAGAAUGAAUGGAUGGUGUGCAGCACUACAAUUGCACACAUUGACUGAUAUCUAGUUUGAAUGUGAAACAAAAACACUCAGUAGAUGUGAACCUUGGCACACUUCACAAUGUGCACUACUAGACAAUUUGCACACAUAUAAUGCAUUGUUGAUUGCCUGUUGUGAAUGCAUGUAACUGUAUACAUUUGUAUAACACUUGUGCGCCAGGAUGCCAUUUUGUUGUAUGCCAUGUAAAUGUGUCAGCACACUACGAAUGAGCACCAACGUGCACAUUUGAAAUGUGUACCAGUGUAUACACUGUGAACGCAAAGCUUCACAUCUAAACUUUUGAUCAAGGUAAACAUUCUGACAUGUUCAAGCCAGGGAUGAGGUGUGUUUCUGCUGAUGAGAUUAUUUCCAUGAAAUUACUCUUGUAUUAAGGUAAGCUUAUGAUACAAACUAUAUAGUAGUGUUUAGCCGACUUGACUUACAACGUAUAUUGUAAUAAUGAAUUGUAAUGUACCAGUAUGGUACAUGUAUAUGUUUUAUCGUUCACCGUGUUAUUUGCACAAUGAUUUUGAAAGAAAUGGUUUGAACAAUGGUGGGUUUUUUUGGUUGGUGUGUUAAGUGAAGGCAGGAGGGGAACUGUUUAUUGUGAGCUGGUUGUGACACAGUAGAGUGAUCCGUUGUGGGCCUCUCCCAUGCCACACUGCAGGUGCAUGCAUGUCGGACUUUUGUGCAAGCAUGUCGGACUUUUGUGCAUGCAUGUCAGAUACUAUUCACGGUUUUCAUUAGUCAAAACAUCAUACAACAGUACUCAAUGGAUCAAUCUACUGACCACAGAGUAUGCAUUACCAUUUUUACAGCCACAAAGUCAAGGCAAUGUUUGAUUUAUGUUUUUGUUGAGGGGGAGGCUCUAUUUUAAGAUUCUGUUAUAAGUUUCUUUGGUGUUGAAAUUGGUGUCUUUUGAAGUUUAUGGGGGGGUUAAGGCAUACUAUUAACAUUUUAGUAAAAAACAAAGGCAGUGUACGAUUUUUGUCAGUGGUUACCUACACAUUAUCGCACAAAACAGCUUUUUAGAAGUAUUUUUAAUACGGAAAAAAUAUAAGGUAAAUAAAGUGUAAGACAUGUCUUUUCCCCCUUUUUAUUCAAUUUGUCAUUUUAUUCAAAGAGAACGAUUUUACAUUAAGGUUCAAUACCUAUGUGUACAUUCGCUGCCUGCCAGUUUAGUAAAAACAAAUUUAAUGUUGUGUUUUAAUUUGUGCAGAAAAGCACAAACUUUUACCACUGUUAACCCUUAAGUAUUUUCAUACAAAAAAAAAAGCUUUGUAAAUUGCAAAUAUUUAGAAUUUGGUUAAAUUUUUUUGUUGAUACAUAUGACUGCCCAAGUUAGGUUGCUUCUUAAAGGUACUGUACACCAUUUGCAUAUGUCAUAAUUUCAUGAAAUGGACCGAUUAGUGGAGUAGUAAUUUUUAAACUAGUCCGAAAUUUUUGCGUCAAAAAAAUUGCAUAUUUCACAAAUUCCUCAUUCAAACAUAGCUAAAUAAAGUGUUGAGAGCCCCUUUAAGCAGCGUUGAACUAUUGACAGCAAAUAGCUGUAUGAAGUUUGGCCCAUGUUAUAAACUGUACUACAAACUGUAGUAUCUUCCGGAGCCAUGCAUGGAAAAUAUUAACGGAUGUAGCAUUUGAAAUUCUUCUUUUUUCUCACAGCAGUGGUUCUGUCCGAACCAUCUGAUACAAAAUUCCUUUUUUCUUGAGAUUGCCAGCAUACCAGGCACUAAGUCUUAGUAAGAUUUCACAGGAUGCUUCACAUUAUUAUUAUCUACUUACAAUCAAAUAAGCUAUUUCAUAAUAUUUUGACCGUUUCGUUUUGGAAUGUCUGCAAAUGGUGUACAUUGCCUUUAUUAUAUAUGCCUUCCUAAUACUAUGUAGCUGUUUGUACAGCAACAACGAAACGUGGAAUACAGUGUUAAUUAUUAUACUAAAAGUGCAUGCACAGUAUUUGACCACUUGAACACGUUUAUACAUAUUUCUCAUCAAAACAAUGGCCUACUAAUCGUAUCUACUCCUUUAUUUUAAUGAGAAAACAAAUUGAUUUACACUGUGUUUUAUUACAGAAGGGCAUUUUUUGUGCGAGUUUAAGGAGAAACCGCUGUUAUUAAGUCCAGCUGUCCAGGACACGUGAACAUAAAUGAAAUAUUUCAAAGUUGAAAUUAAACUCUUUUUAAGAUACAAUUUUUGAAUCUUUUGCGUUCAUUUUUGACACUGUUUUGCGUGAAUUAACUCAAAGUAGUUGUAUGUGGGGGAAAAGCUAUUGUAUUAUUUGAAAUUUCCUUGCGUGAUAUUGUUCAGAAGUUCUGAAAAUAAAAACUGGUGUAUAAGACCAUUUGACUUGUUUUUGGUAUUUUGAGAAUACUGUGGUUUGUAUUGUAAGUAGGAAUCCAGUCCCGUACUGCCCUUGAUCUGCUAUGGCGAAAAAAAAGAGCAUAGCUAUAUAAUCGCUGUAUAAGUAUGUUACCUUUGAAAUUGGCUGAAGUAUAUAUAUAACCUUUUAAAAAAUAAACAGUUGUAUUAAUAUCGCUCCCUUGUGUGGUGCUGAAAGUAUAUUUGUAACGUUACCUUUAUAUCGCAGGUGUACUGGAUUUGUUGAACGACUACAGUGAUAAUCUAAUGUGAUCUAGCUGUAAAAUAAUGUGAUCUAGCUAUAAAAUUACAUGUAAUUGUAGCAGGUGUUGCUCAAUCACGUAACUAAUGGUCUGUAUUAAAAUACACAAAUAUGAGAGACUUUUGUAACCCUGUUUCCGUAGAGUUAAGCACAGUAGGAAAUUGUGUAUGUGCCUGAUCUAAACUUACAGUGCAGCACUAAAUAGUCUUAAGGCACAACUGACCAAUACAACAGGUGUAUCACUGUAUCUGUUGCCAAGCAUCUACCUCAACUCGCCUUGUAGUAUUUUGCACACAACACAUUUGGCACAUUCAUUCGCACUUAAAAGGAUUGUUCAAUUUUCCUUCCUCGCAACAUAUUCAUUAACAUAACAAGAUUGGUCUGAAGCAAUUGUUGUUUUUGAGUUCUCUGGACAUGUUGAAUAUUGUGCCUAUAGCAGAGUCAUAGCCUGUAAAUUUGAAAUGCUCAGACAAACAAAAAAGUACUCCAGCUUGGCAUGCACUGCAUCACAUAGCAGUAUAGACUAUUUUGGCGCCAUCCAUUGUCGGAGGUGGAACCAGGCUUGAGCAAGUCAUGCUUAGGUAGUAUGCAUGAACUCGCGACUCCUUCAACCAAUACGGUUACCAAAAUGCAUGCGUGCCUCGUCUUUAAAGGCAUGCAGCAUGCGAACAUGGUUCCACCUCAUAAUGGCUUCUGAUCUUGUUCACUGAAUUACAGGGCCAGAGUGUGCACAUACAUGCAUGGAGGAAAGUUGAGUGCCAUGGUGCAACACGGGGAAACUCUUGACAAUAUAUUCCCAUUUUGUGAUUCACACACAAAAAGUACACUUGCCACAUGAUUGUCAAACCAAUUUUCUGCUAAAAACAGACGUGCAACAGGGUGUUCACAAAAAGAAGAAGGAACUUCCAAUCCUAACAAGACUUUACAGUGUUUUUUCAAUUUUUAAGGCAAAAGUGUGGAGUAAAAAACGAGGAAAUCAGCUGAUUUGAGGAAAAGUUGCACGUUUGUUAAAAAAACAUGGCUGAUCUGGAAGAGUUACAUUUAUGCACUCUAUCAGUCUGCCUCUGUCUUGUAACAUUCAGAACCAUUUUGAAAAUAUAUCUUCAACUGGAUUGAAUAAAACUACCCGUGCAUCUUAAGUGCCAUAGCUAGACAUGUGAUGCAGGACAGGCUUACUGCCUGAAAAAUGAACUAGUUUAAUACAAUACAAUGCUGUAAAUGUAAAAAUGCCCACUGUAGCUUGACUGUAACUGAAAACUGUAGCAUUGGCUACAAAAGUAGACCAGCAACUUUGUAAUAUCUGAGUACAUACAAGAAGAUACUGGGUUAGUGAUGGUGAGGGUUCAUGACAAUGUCCAAAACUCAAGCUUCAUCCAACGCUAUUGUUCCUGAAUCUUUUUGAAGCAAUUUUCAGGACCAAGUGCAAAAAAAAUCGCAUCCGAUAAGAUGAUUUCAGUGUUCUUGUUCCAGAAAACGGAGCUAAUUACGCUGAAAGGCCCCGAUUCAGUGGCCUAAAAAUGUGGAGCUGAAACUGAGAUUUGGGGGGGGAAAAAACUUCCCCUAAAAGUGUUGAAGCAUGUAGGAUAAUUUACAAUUUUCUGAGAAUAGUACCUACUGAUUUAAUAACAGAAACAUUACUCAAAGGGAAGAUAGGACUGGUAUCAAACAACCUUUGAAAUGAUUCCAUUUGAAAUGGUAUCAUUUGAAGACGACAAUUUUUUAAGGUGGUUUCAAAGCACUUUUUUUACGUACACAAACAACGGAAUCCAGUUACAUUUUCUCCAUAUUCUCAAAAUGUAUAGUAUCCACUGAGCUGAAAGUUCUACAGGUUAGCUGUUGUGCACGUUACUGAAAAUGUUGAGCAAUUCUGUUUCUUCAAUAGAAAAACAAACUGCACAAAAUGCUAACCCAAAGUUCAUGUGACAGAUAUACAUGCAGGUGGCUUACGACAUGGUUAUGGCAUAGGGCCAUUAUUGUGUUUGCCACACAAAGCUACCUUUAAUUAUAAAAAAAAACUGAACUAAACCAACACUUAAUGAGGGCAGAGGGAGUUGAUAUUAGGCUCUCAUUAAGAUUAAUUCCACUAAAUUGUUAACUGAUUGUAUGAAAAUUCCCCUUGCCAGAUUGUAAGAAUAAGCAUUACUUGAAAUUAUGUGAAUUGGCAUUCAUAUUAAAUGACACAGGGGGCUCUGUUGAAUUGACUGAGUAAUGAGUAAUGUAGUUAUGAUACAAGUUGUUUAUAGGGUUGUGUUAUAAACUCAAUAAAACAUGGUUGUAAAACAGA